AUGGAGGACGCUUUUAAGAAAUUACAAAGUGUCGGUCAAAACAGUGUUGAUAAUCUCAUAAAAUGGAUGAAGGAUUCCAAAAUCAUCGACGGGGUGAUAAUUACAGAAGAAAGGGCGCGUAAGCUAUUUGCCGAUGUUGCUGACGUUGCAAACGUGGAGUUGUCAAAAUUCCAAGCGGCGAUAAGCAAACUCGCUACAGAACAGCUGAAGAAUGUUGAUGUUUUCAUGAAGUCGUUGGCAGAUGAGGGACCAAAGUUUUUGGAGGAAGCUGUCAGCUCUGCCGGCUCCUCCAGCUCUGCUGGCUCUGCCAGCUCUGCCAGAUCUGCUUCUAGUGCUUUGACUAGCAGCAGCUGUGAAGCCUAA